UAACAUUAUAUGGUCUUACAUCUAUGUUCUCUGCUUUCAAAAAUUCACACUUGAAGUAUGGGUGCAUUGUGCAGAGUAGGGAUCCAGCAGUAAAUUGACAAAAGGACUGCGCGUGUGCCACAUGGCGGCUGUGUUUUAACGUUGGUUUUAUGUUACCAUUGCAGAAUUCCAUGAUUAUACCAUCAGCAGGUGAUGCCAAGUGUCCUCCGACAAUGUACGAAGAAAAAUCCCAUGUGUGCUGCUUGCUCUGCCCUCCAGGUACAUUCAAGUUUGAAGACUGCAAGGGCAAUGGAGGAAUGCCUGUUUGUCUUUCCUGCAUGGAUGAGACUUUCAUGGAAACUUCUGGAAACGCUACUCAUUGCAACCCAUGCAGUACCUGCAGUGAACAUGAAAUUUCUCAGCCUUGUCAAGCAAAACAGAAUACCAAGUGCCACUGUAAAGAUGGCUUCUAUCGUUCCGAUCCCUCACAGCCUUGUCAACCGGAAAACACUCAACUAAAAAUAAUGACCAGCAUUAUCGUUGGAUUCAUUGUGUUGGUCUUUAUUGUGAGUUUACUUUUAUUUUACCUCCGUAAAUGCAAUCCCAGAAUUCAAGAAUUUAAUAUGGAACGGAGAGGAUUUCUAACAGAUGGAACAUUUCAGCAAUACAAUGAAUUUUUAGCGAAUAAAACACAAAACAUUGCGCUUUAUGGCUAUAAACUUGGAGAAUAUGUGCUGUUACAAAACAUAUUUGUACAACCCCUGCUUAAGAAUCAACGUUGCACCAUGGAAGUCAACGACUAUGAAUUUAUUUCUAACGCGAAGAAGUAUAGCCAAGUCACGAAUAAUCUUACCGAAACAUUUGGCAGGAAUAAGCUCUUUCAGCCGAAAACAGAAAAUGGAAAAAAGCCUCGAUUGGUUGUUCUGGUUGGUGUUCCAGGCAUUGGGAAAACGACUCUGACUCAAAAUAUCGUCCACCAACUCGCAACCGGAGUUAAUUUGUUUUAUUUUGAGUUUAAGAUUAUUGUUUACAUCACCUUGAGAAAGUUAAAUAAUUUGACCGAUCCAAUGUCACUUCGAGAACUAUUAAGGAAUGAGUAUCGUGGACUUGAAUGUAUAAUCUACAGUGUGUUUGAAAGUCAAAAGAUAUUGCUGAUCCUAGACGGUUUGGACGAAUUAAACAAUCCCAUUGAUUUGGAAAUUGCUUGCAGUGAUCCAAAGAAGAAAACAUCUGUGGAAAAUAUAAUUGCUGGCAUAGUGGGAGGCAAUCUGUUACCAGGUGCCUCCGUAUUGCUCACAACACGGCCAGUUGCACUAAAUCAGUUAGCUGCUCUAAGAAUAGACAACAUUUUUGAAAUAGUUGGAUUUUCAAACUCUGAGCAAAAUGAAUACUUCUCAAAAUUUUAUAAAAAUGAUGAACUUGGAUGUAGAGUAUUGAGGUGCUUGGAAAAUAAUGAAAAUAUCUUUCAGUUCUGCUACCUCCCUGUAUUCUGCUACAUAGUUGGUUUAGCAAUCCAGCCACGUUUGGAAGAAACCUUAGCUUCAGGGUUGGUUUCCAGCACUCUAACUGAGCUGUUUUCCACGUUCUUGUUAUUUAUCAUAAAAAGUCACAAUGCCGAACCCAGUAUGUCUCGGGAAAUGAUCACUUGUUUUGCAAGAAUGGCAUUGUGGGGAAUGCAAAAGAACAUUCAACUGUUCGGAGAAGACGAUUUGAAAACAUUCGAAAUCGAUUACGGCAGUCUCCACACUAACAACGGCAUCUUUCUGGGUGAAAUAUUCAAAAGUGAAGAGCGUAAGGGAACCAAAAUGUAUUCAUUUAUUCACCACACAGUGCAGGAAUUCUUUGCAUCAUUGGCGUUGUACCUUACAGUCCCCGAAUUAAAUUGUACAAGCAAUCCUGUAGACGAAGUUAUCGAAAGUUUUGAGGGACGCACACACGGGCGGAAUGAUGCCUUUAAAUUAUUCUGCAUUGGAUUGGCUUCGCGACAGUCUUGGGAAAAUUUUGACAGUGUGUUGGGAUUUGCAUCUCAGCAUUCUCAAGAACAAAUUACCAACUGGCUCAGACGCAGCAUAGAGCAACCCCAAAGUGACAAAUGCAAGCUCCUGAGCUUCAUGCACCACUUGUACGAGUUGCACGAACCUACUGCCAUAUGCAGUGUCCUAGGGUCCACAUCAACAAUUGAUGUAUCACUCACAAGGCUUUAUCCACUGGAUGUCACCGCGAUUGCCCACGUUCUGCAGAGUCUGACUAGGCCUCUGGAUAAAUUCUGGCUAAAUGGCUGUGAGAUCGGCCCCGAGGACGUAAGGAAACUCCUGAAAGUACUACUUAAAUGCAAGCAGCUGAGACUUGGUGAAAACAAAAUCGGAGAUGAAGGUGUGAAGAUUCUAAUCGAAGACGUGGAAAACGACGCUGGGAUUUUUGAGGAUUUAAACCUCUGGGAUUGUAACUUAACUGAUGAUUCAGGCGAUAGCCUAAUAAAACUCAUCAACAAGAACAAGACUCUCAAAGUGAUUCGGCUGGGGUGUAAUAAUUUCAGCGAAGGAUGGAAAACUAAACUAGAAUCACAAGAGGCUCAGAGACCUGGGCUGCAUAUCACCGUGUGGUGAUACCCAAAGAUGAGGACCGUGUGUUUCUCUCACCGACACAUAUUUUCAGUGUGCUCUAUUUAUGACGGUGUAAUAAAAAUGUCAUUGGAGAUUGCCAACCCGUGACUUGGUCCUUGUUGUACAUUGAAGCCUCGCGGUAGCGCAUUAACCGCUUGUUGAAGACGUUCGCGGUUCAAAUUCAGCAGUGGCUGCCCUGGUUAUUACUGCGGGUGCUGUAACUGGACAUUGCAUUUCCCCGUCGUGUCAUUUGCAAGGAUGGGCUAUUGUGUGCCGGUGUCGUGGUCCUAAUUUGCAAAAACCUGGCAGGACCCUCCUGAAAAAAGUUAUGAAACUCCAUGAGUGAGGCUGCCUUGGAUAAACAAACAUAGUGAAUGUACUGCACCCAACGCCGAUAUAUACAGAUGCUUGGUCUUAUUUAAUACGGUAACGUGAUCCAAGUUAGUAUUUUAAACUAUUUUUAGAGAGCAGGACGCUUACUAACAUAGGUUUUCGAAUUCUACCCUGCCGCUGUCGUCGUUGAUGAAAUCAGGAAUGCAAGUAACAUUUUCAAGCCGCACUACAAUUGGGAAAAAGAUAUGUGACCGCAUUUAUUUCCAUAGUCGCCGGUGCGGGUUAGUGAAGAAACCCACCGGAUAUAGUGAAUACAUCACUCACGCUCGGAUGACCACAGGCCCUUGGGCAUUGGCAAGGCACAUUUAAAUGCAGAGGUCACAAAUCUCUACUAUGAAGAAGGGUCAUUGCUUGAAACUUCAUAUUUUGGGGGUUUUUUUCCUUAAGGGCAGUCUCAUAAACAAAUGUGUUGCGUUUGAUUUAUAUUUGUAACGGUUAUAUGGCAUGUACAGUGAGGGAAAAAAGGAUUUGAUCCCCUGCUGAUUUUGCACGUUUGCCCACUGACAAAGAAAUGAUCAGUCU